AUGAAGAUGUUAGCACGAAGCUACGUCUACUGGCCAACACUGGACUUCGGCAUCGAACAACUUGUCAGGAAUUGUAGCAAAUNCGCUUCAAUGGCGAAGAAUCCCGUCAAAGGCGAACUAUAUUCCUGGUCAAAACCAACCUCUCCAUGGAUCCGUGUGCACACUGACUUUGCAGGACCCAUGAAUGGACGAUUUUACCUGAUACUUGUGGAUGCAUAUUCCAAAUGGCCUGAAAUCGUCCAGAUGUCAUCGAUAUCUUCUACAUCUACUAUAAAGGGGUUGAAGGACAUUUUCGCAAGGUUAGGGAACCCUCCGACUCUUGUCACGGACAACGAGACGCAGUUUACAUCUUCGCAGUUCGCCCUGUUCUGCCGUUCCGGGGGAAUCACGCACAUUCGCACACCGCCUUUCCAUCCACAGAACAAUGAACAGGCUAAACGCUUUGUUGAUACCUUCAAACGAGGACACGACAAAUUGAAGGGGAAGGAACCGACAGUUGACGCUCUUCAGACGUUUCCGAUGGCUUACCGUUCUAUGCCAUGCCCGUCUGCACCGAAUCAACGCUCACCUGCCGAGGCCUUCCUGGGACGUCGACUACGAACCGAUCUUGACCUGAUGCUACCUCAAGAAGACGUCGCUGAUGGACAACGAGACGUCAAAAUGGAAACACAAUUCAACCGAAGACACGGAGCACUACGUCGCAAGUUCGAAUACAACGACACUGUCUACGCCAAAGACUACAGAGGAACUAAGCAGUCUUGGACUCCGGGUGCCAUCGUUCAACGUGUUGGGAACACAACAUACCUCGUAUGCUGUGGAAAUCAACUAUGGACCCGGCACGUGAACCAACUACGACCUAGAAGCGACACAACCACAACCACAACUACAAACACUCUUUUGGAUGUGUUCGAUCUGCCGCUCUUCGAUCGUGUGAACAAGGACCGUGCGCCGCGGACGACUCCGACCGAUCCACCGAGACGAUCGCAACGCAAUCGACGACCGCAACGCCAACUCCAGUUGGAUCCUAAGAAGUCCCGAUACGAGACCACUUAA